AUGGAGCAAAUUUUUCAAACACGUCAGUUUCCAUCCGACGAAGUAGAAGUAGAAGAGGUCAUUGCACAAGAGUCACAAACGCAGCCACAAGCUCAAACGACUGGAAGCGGCACAAAAGAAAAAGGAAUAGGAAAGGAAAGCUAUGACAAGUGGACAAACGAGGAGCUAAGUUUACUAGUUGAUCUAUGGGCUGAAAAACACAACCAUCUGGAAAGUAAGGACGCAAGGAAGGAUUGGCUUGAAAUCGGCAACGAGAUUGAAAUGAACUUUGGCACCAAAAAGACAGCCGAAAAAUGCCAGCGAAAGAUCAAGUAUCUGAUUGACAAAUAUUAAGACGCAAAGUCAUGGAAUAAGAGUCAGACGGGAGGUCACAAACGUAAAAGUGUUUUCUACGACAAAGUAGACCGAGUUCUUGGAACACGAGAUAUUGUUACCAUGAAACAUGUGGUCGAAGCAGGGACAAGCACUGCUUAUCCGUCUUCUCUGAGCGCAAACCCUCCAAGUGAUCAUGAUGGCUCACAGCCAAGCACGAGCGGAACGCCAAGUCCUCCACAAAAUGUAGCAUUGCUUCUAGUGGUGCCAGUGGGACCAGCAAAGAAAGGAAGCGCACAACGAAGAGGAAAGUGCCGACCGAAGACGCUGGAGAGGAAGGGGCAGUUUCCAUCAUGUAAAGCCUGGAGUCCAUAG